AUGGCGGCGACGCCGUCGCCGAGCCGCCGCAGCAGCACGCGCCCCGUGCCGCCUUCUCCUGCGCCGCAUCCACCGUCGGCGAGUAAGCCUCCGCCGCGCAUCGAUCACAAGCCGGAGAGCCGCCUCGGGCAGUACCGCAUCAUCAAGACGGUCGGCGAGGGCUCGUUCGGAAAGGUCAAGCUCGCGAUCCAUGAGGUCACCGGACAGAAGGUCGCGCUCAAGAUGAUCUCACGGAAGAAUCUGACCAGUAGGGAUAUGGCCGGGAGGGUCGAGAGGGAGAUCGCUUAUCUCCAGCUGCUGAGACAUCCGCAUAUCAUCAAAUUAUACACGGUUAUUACUACCCCGCAGGAAAUCAUCAUGGUCAUCGAGUACGCUGGCGGCGAGCUGUUCGACUUCCUAGUCAGCAAUGGAAAAGUCCCCGAAGACUCUGCGCGCCGCUUCUUCCAGCAGAUCAUCUGCGCGGUCGAGUACUGUCAUCGACACAAGAUUGUGCACCGCGAUCUGAAGCCCGAGAAUCUACUGCUCGACAUGAACCUGAACGUCAAAAUUGCCGACUUUGGACUCAGCAAUAUCAUGACGGACGGCAAUUUCCUCAAGACUUCCUGCGGUUCGCCGAAUUAUGCGGCGCCGGAAGUCAUCGGGGGGAAGUUGUAUGCUGGGCCUGAGGUCGAUGUGUGGAGUUGUGGUGUUAUCCUGUUUGUGCUGCUGUGUGGAAAGCUACCCUUCGACGAUGAUUACAUUCCUAACCUGUUCAAGAAGAUUUCUCAGGGGAAAUACUCGAUGCCAUCGUACCUGUCGCCCGACGCCAAGGACCUGAUCGCUCGCAUGCUCGUCGUCAAUCCGAUCCAGCGCAUCACCAUCGCCGAAAUCAGGAAGCAUCCCUGGUUCAAGAAGAACCUCCCAGAGUACCUACUGCCGCCGAAGGAAGAGUUCUUCGAUACGGGUGUGGAUAUGACCAAAAUCCCGCAACUGGAGGAGCUCGAGCGCGGUCCGGCACAGCGGCUGAAGGGCGAGCUUCACGAUGCCGUCGUCGGGAAGCUGGGAAGCACCAUGGGCUAUGCUAAAGACGAUGUCCAGGAUGCGCUCACCAAGAACGAGCCGUCGGCGAUCAAGGACGCGUAUAUGAUUGUGCGCGAGAAUCAGAUGAUGAUCCCCCGGCUAUCAAUGAAUGCAAAGAACGAUGGAUUCAUGGCUCAGUCGCCACCGGCCUGGGACUCUUGUAUGCCCGGCUCCCCGCAGAGCUCGCGACCUCCGAACUCUCCGUUCACAGGCCCCCACUGGGGCAACAACAUCAAUCCUUCCCGCACUGGCUCACCACUUGCUCUGAACCCGAGCAAUUCUCCGCGAUCCGCUGGCCUCGGUAUCACCACGGAAGAAGAGAACCUGACGGCAAGUCCCCAGCUGUCGGCCGCGCACUCCCCCGCUUCAUCCAUCUCAAUCCUUCCGUCCUCGAUGCCUGCCUACCACCAAGCCGUCAUGUCGGGCGCCAGCCCGUCCACCACCAGCGGCAGCUUCCGCCCCAGCGGCAUGAAGCCACGCACGCUCGAGCGCUUCACGCCGGUGGUCACGAACCCGCCGGGCACGUCGACGUCGCGCAAGCCCAAGCAGACCAAGUGGCAAUUCGGCAUCCGCAGCCGCAACGCGCCGCUCGAAGCCGUCAGCUGCAUCUACCGCGCGCUCAAGCGUCUCGGCGCGGAAUGGGUCGACACUGGUCCGCCCAGCAGCGAGGACUCGGACCACGAGGACUCGGACGGCGACGGCGACGACGACGACGACGACAUCUACAACUCUGAGACCUCUGACGGCUCCGAAUCCGCCGCGCACAUCGAGCACCCACACACGCACACGCGCCCGCUACCCGCCUCGAAGAAACCCGAGCGCCGCCGCGCGCCAAAGGAUCCAUGGAUAAUCCAAGCGCGAUGGAAGAAGUUUGCGCCGAACCGGCGGGCCGACGACCCCGCAACAUCGCCCGUCUCUGGCGGCGGCGGCGCCCCCACCGAAAAGAAGGAGGAGGACUGCGUCUACGUCCACCUCACCAUCCAGCUGUACCAGCUCGAGCACGAUAACUACCUGGUCGACUUCAAGUGCGCGGGAUACGAGCGGCUGCUGCCGAUGGUGGUUGGUGCCGGGGGCGGGAAGAAGAAGGUCGGGUUCGAGGAGACGCUGGGCGGCGAUGCCGAGGGAACACUCACUGGUCAGGGCGCGGGAAGACGCGCCGAGGACCAAAAGGAGGUUAAUAGUCCGUUCCCGUUCCUGGAUGCCGCCGGCGCGCUGAUUAUUGCGCUCGCGGAGGCGGGGGAUUAAUAUUUUAUCUUAUCUGGCGGGGAGAUUGGGGGUGUAAUAUUUGCUUUGCUUUGCUUUUUUUUUUGUUGGGCUGGGCUGGAAGGGCUGGAGGGGGCAGUGCGAUGAAGAGAUGAUCAGAUGAAUUUCACGUUGCGUUUUUGUUUUGUUUUGCUUGAUGAAGUG